AGGCAGCGUUUGAGUGCAUGUACACGCUUCUGGAUUGGUGUGUGACCAAAACCGACAUGGAGCCAUUCAUUAACCAAGUGAGUGCUGGCCUGGGCGAUCACUACGAUAUCAAAAUCUACGCCCAUCUGAUGCUGGUGCGCUUGUGCGCCUUAACGCCAUCGACUGUAGUACAACAACUGGACGGCAUAAUCGCGCGCAUAGCAAAGACAGUCAAGACUAAAGUCAAGGCCGAGGCAGUCAAACAAGAGAUAGAGAAGAACGAUGAGAUGAUCCGUUCCGCGUUGCGAGCUGUGUAUGCCCUAUCAAAGAUACCUGACGCAGAAUCGAAUACUGGCUUUGUCCAACUGCUUGAGUAUGUAAACAAGACGCACGCAUCUAAGUACGCGCCUAUUGUCAAGGAGCAGGAGAAUAGACUCUCUACCCACGACCCAAUGGACACGAGCUGAAUCGCAGACAUUUCGCAAAUCAGGAGUCAACCUACCUUAGCACUAUACUGAUGUGAGGGUAGACUACAAUAUGGGUGAAAGCGUUCAGCUUCCAGUACUACGGGACUUGUCGCUUCAUACUCCACGAGUGACCCAAGCUGAGAAGUAUAUUGCCAGGCAGAAUGUACUGGCCACAACAAGCAUUGCGUGGUAUCUUUAUCGCGUUUUCAGCAAACCUUUCGAUCUGUAUAUGGCGAACUAUCAUGGCACAGACGAGCUAAACAUUAAGAGUAUGUUAGAAAAAAAAUCUGGACCUUGUUCUUGUAUUAGGUUGUGAGCUCAAGCGACCCUGGUUUUCGACUAUGUGGAGAGAGGCAGUAACCCAUAUACGCGCCUGUUUCACGUGUCAGUGACCAAAUAAUUCAGGGAUACAAAUUCCCAGAGGGACAUUUUAGAAUAAAUAUGCCAAAAUCUGCCCGGUAGCGGCCAUGGGCCGGCGAUGAGUUGAUGACCAAACGACCAUUGACCACCAAGGCACCAAACAAAAGUUUGUCAUGCUUACAUACUGCCCAUUUAAACACAGAUCACUCACCACAGACCACAGUCACUGUCAGAAUCAGUGGAGUAUUGACUCUCAUGGAAAAGCUCUCUGGCACAGAAUUGGUUAUUAUGAAAAUUCCACAAAGAAGAUCGCGACAAGUUUGUGAUAAAAUGAUCGUCCG